CAAAAUACCCACCUUAAAAUUUCUUCGAAAUACAUAUUAAAUUGAAAUAAAACAUUUUAAAAAGUAAUUAAAUUUUUGAGAUAUCUAAAUUAAUGUAUUGCUUUUAUUGAAUUACGGAAAGUACGGUUAAAGAUUUCAAAUGAAUCCGGGAUUUGUAAUAGAGGAACAGCUUUUAAAAGAUGUGGAUGACUUGGAAAACAUUCGUGCUGCAUCCUUCACUGAAACUCCGAAAACAGGAAUACAACUAAUGCACUCCGUUUUUUCUGCUAAUAUAAUUAUUCCUAUACUAGAAGCAACGCCAGAUCCAAAACUGAAAAGUGUUGUUGAUAAAAUUAUAAGAGAAAUUAGGUCUUCAAAUAUUAACUUAGCUCGAGAGCACAUAAGAAGUUUGGGCCAGACAUAUGACCCGAAAACUUUAAAUAAUUUAAUAUGGUUUUACAAGCUUGGAACAAUCGAGUUUUUUAUUGAAGGCUCAACAUACGAUGUAAAUGUUUUAAAUAUGUUAAAUAACAUUUUUAAAAUAAAAAUAGAUUUUGGUAAUAAUCCAUUACAUUUACAUCUAAUUGCAAAUGGGAUAAUGGAAUUGGAAUGUUUCAAGAAUUCCAAUAGAAACAAAAUAUAUUAUGCUAAAACCGUAGGUAACUUAAGCCGAUUAGGCUUAUAUCUUUCCGUUUGCAUUAUUUGGAGUGUUUUCUUUUCAAGUGUGGGUCAUAAACAUAAAAUGUAUAGAUUUCACAAAUUUUCCGAAAUUAUUUCUGUUAUCAAAAAGAUGGAUGUAAAUAAAUUUAGGGAUAAGCAGAAUGAUUUGUACUUUGUAUUAGAAUGUAUAUCAUUUUUAUUAAAUAUAAUUACAUCAAAAGAUAUUGCUAAUAAGGUUGACUUAUGCUAUUCGGAUUAUUUCAAAUACAAUCAUGAUGAUAUAAUAGCUCUAAAAAAUUGGUGUUUUUCUACAAACCGUAUUUUUCACGUGAAGACCAAUGAUAAUAAAUGUGAUUUAGAUAACUCAAUUAUAAGUGAUAUUUUGGAUCUAGAUAUUAUAAUAGUUUUAGAAAAUUUGGAAUCUCAAGAAUAAAAAUUUUCACAUAUUUUUAAGAUAAAUGUUGGUAUAUAAGUAUAUAAGCGUGUAUAAAUUUAAUCUUCCGUAUAAAAAAUAUGUAAGUGUUUGGUUUCAAUAAAAAAAAAUACUAUACACAGAUUUGUGUCUAUUUUUUAUUUGUAUUUAAUCCUUUCGACUUACAUAUUUUAACAUCACGUUAUU